AUACAUCUACAUCGGCACUUACUUGGUACAGUCCAGAUUCUCCUCGUACCUGAUAACUCCUUCCCAUCAACCCAGAAAACAUUUGAAGAGCCUAGAGGAUGUCACCCACCACCCCCUUCGGCGCCUCGAUGCGCCAACACUUCCUCCUCGACCCGAACUAUAGAAACCUGAACCACGGCUCCUUCGGCACGCACCCCCGCCCCGUCCUCGCAACCCAACAAACCUACCAGCGCCUCGCCGAGCUCUCCCCCGACCAAUUCCUGCGCUACACGCAGCCCACGGCCCUGCUUCCCGCGCGCCACGCGCUCGCCGCCCUCCUCAACUGCCCGGUCCGCGACCUCGUCCCCGUCAAAAACGCCACCACCGGCGUCGCGACCGUGCUGCACAACCUCGCCCCGCACUUCGUGGAAGGGGACACGCUCCUCUACUUCUCGACGGUCUACGGCGCCGUCGAGAACGGGCUGUUCUCGCUGCGCGACCAUCUCCCAGGUCCCACCCUGCGGCUGCGGAAGAUCGAGUACGCGUUCCCGAUCACCCCGGCCGAGCUGGUGCAGCGGUUCCGGGAGGCGGUGCGCCAGGUGCGGGCGGAGGGGUCGCGGCCCCGGAUCGCCGUGCUGGAGACGGUGGUCAGUCUGCCUGGGGUGCGGUUCCCGUUCGAGAUUUUGGUGAAAGUGUGUCGGGAGGAGGGCGUGUGGAGUCUGGUGGAUGCGGCGCAUGGGGUCGGCAUGAUUGAGUUGGAUUUGGGGACGGCGCUGGUGGAUGAGGGCCGGGAUGGGGGCCAGGAUGGGCUUGGGGAUGAUGGGCUUGGGCUUGGGCCAGGGCCAGACGGGUGGGGGAAAAUCGGGGGCGUGGAUUUCCUGACCAGUAAUUGCCAUAAGUGGCUCUACACCCCCCGCAGCGUGGCCCUGCUCUACGUCAACCCCGCCCUGCAGCACCUCAUCCGCACCACCCUCCCCACCUCCUGGGGGUAUAUCCCGCCUCCAUCCGAGACGCCGGCGAAGCCCUCGCUGAUGGCGAGUGCGGGACGGAAGACCGCGUUCGAGGCGCUGUUCGAGUUCGUGGCCACGGCCGACGAUACGCCGUAUCUGUGUGUGCCGGCCGCCCUGCAGUUUCGGGAGGAGGUGUGCGGCGGCGAGGCGGCGGUUUAUGCUUAUCUUGAGGAGCUGGUGAAUGAGGGGGCGGAUCUCGUGGCGGCCGGGUUGGGGACGGAGGUUCUUGGCGACGGCAAUGCAGCAGGUAAGAGGAGUGCGUGGAGGAGGUGUGCCAUGAAUAAUGUGCGGUUGCCGGUUAGGGUCGUGCAGACAGUAAGAGGCGAGGAGGAUACUGCCGGUCUAACAGCGGAGCUCGUCCCCGCGGUGGUGGAUUGGAUGCAGAGGAGGCUGGUCGAGGAUUACCGCACCUUCGUGCCCGUCUUUGCCCAUGCCGGUUGGCUGUGGGUGCGGCUGUCGGCCCAGGUCUAUCUCGACAGGAGCGAUUUCGAGUGGCUGGUCCCCGUGUUGAAGGAGUUGGUGGGUCGCGUCAAGAAGGAGUUUAAGCUGGGAAAGGUGUCGUCUCACCUGUAGCAGCAGAUGCAACAGAUACAACAGACUACAUAGACUAAGCCCAUCCACAAAAUUCUGCAAUGAUAUACAACUACGCGAAUA